CUAAAAUUGACUUCAGAUUGCCCUAACUAUUCAACGACCUCCUUUUCCUCCUCUUCGUUCUCUGCCUCCGACUGAAACCCUCAUCCUCUUGAUUCUCUGAAUCCAACCAGAACUCGACCCCUCGUCCUCCUCCUUUUUCGCCUUGGACCAGCUCCUCUGCUCGAAGACAGUGAACAGAAUCGGAGUUUGAGGCUGCCGUUUCGGAGAAAAUUUGAGCUUUCGAGUCAUAGGUAAUUCACGAAUCUAUUCAGUAUAUGUCUUUGAAGGAUUUGUGAGUCCUGAAAUCACUGAUCUGAGCUUUUGUUUCUUAAUUUGCUUCCAAGGAUUUGUGAGUCCUGAAAUCACCGAUCUAAGCUUUUGUUUCUUAAUUUGCUUCCAAGGAUUUGUGUUUUAUCUACCAAUGCAUUCUUCAUUGAGCUGGGCAAGUUCGAAGCUUGGUGACCAUGUAACUGGAGCUUUCUGGGCAUUCUCCAUCACUGGCCGAGGAGAUUUCGAACUAUGUUCUCUGGUCAUGAAGGUUUCUGUAGCUUGAAAAUAAGUUAUAAAGAGGGCUAUCUUUUGGGUUUUGCAGAGGAGACUUCGAAAUUCGAAUUGUGUUCUCUGGUCAUGAAGGUUUCCGUGUUUCAGACAAAAGAUGUUGGCUACAUAGAAAACCAACAGCAGAACAUAGCCGAUGCUAUCGAUCUACUCCCUCGACUUGCAACCUAUUUCGUUGUUAACAUAAGGAAAAGUGAUUUUGAGUUUACUCCGGAAUGUACAAUAUUUGAUAUGUUAGACAUCCCACUAUAUCAUGGCUGGAUAGUUGAUCCCCAGGAUAGCUUCCUUGUAGAGGAGGUGUUUGAACAAUUGAAGUGUACAACAGAGGGUCUCAAAUCUGAGGAGGUGCAAAAGCAUCUGGAGCAUGUUGUCAAAUGUGGAUUAGAUCGAUUUUAGCAGCAAUUACAAAUUUUGUGAACAUCAUUUCAUAUAAAGGACAUGACGUAUCUACACCUGUUUCAAAUCAGUGUUAAACUAUAAAAACGAUGUUAAUAAAGAGAUAGUACAUAAG